AUGUCUUCCAUCGUCAACAAGGUCAAGGACGCUCUCCACUCCGACAAGAAGCACGAGCAGCCCGAGGGCACCUCCGGACCCCAUAACUCUCGCGCUGCCAACGCCGCCGACCCCAGAGUCGACUCCGACCGUGACCACCGCGCCAACCCUGCCGGCACCUCCGCCGGUGCGACCAACACCCACACCACCGGCCUGACCGGCUCGCACGGCACUACUGGCACCACUGGUACCCACGGCACCUCCGGUUUGACCGGCACCCACGGUACCACUGGCACCACCGGCUACGAUGACCCCUCCGGCACCCACGGCCCUCACGGCAGCCGUGUUGCCAACCAGGCCGACCCUCGCGUCGACUCUGACCGUGACCACCGUGGCGCUCCUGGCUCCGGUUUGACUGGAAGCCACGGCACCACUGGCACCCACGGCUCUUCCGGUCUGACCGGUACCCACGGCACCACUGGCUCUUCCGGUCUGACCGGUACCCACGGCACCACUGGCUCUUCCGGCCUGACUGGUACCCACGGCACCACUGGCUCUUCCGGCCUGACUGGUACCCACGGCACCACCGGCACUUCUGGCCUCACUGGUACCCACGGUACCACUGGCACUCACGGCACUUCCGGUCUGACCGGCUCUAACGCCACCACCGGAUACGAUGACCCCGCCGGCUCUCACGGCCCUCACGGCCGUGUCGGUAACCAGAUUGACCCUCGCGUCGACUCUGACCGUGACCACCGUGGUGCCCCCGGCUCCGGCCUCACUGGCACUCACGGUACCACUGGCACUCACGGCUCUUCCGGUCUGACCGGUACCCACGGCACCACUGGUACCCACGGCUCUUCUGGCCUGACCGGUACCCACGGUACCACUGGCACCACUGGCACCCACGGCUCUUCCGGCCUGACUGGUGGCACUUCCACCGGCCACUCCGCUGUCGGCCAUGCUGGCGCUGCCGUUGGUGGCACCCACGGCACCGGCCCCGCCCCCAACACCGCCGGUCCCCACAAGUCCGAUGCUCUGAACAAGGCCGACCCCCGUGUGGACUCGGACCUUGACGGCAGCAAGACCGUUGGCGGUAACAAGACCUACGCCCAGUCAAACACCACUUCGGGUGUUGCAAAGGACCCUACCGACGCCGCUCAGGUUCCUCCGUCUGUUUUGGCAAAGCACAUCGGUGAGCCCGUGAUCGCACACGACGACCACGGCCACAACCGCGAGAGGCGCAACAGCAAGGUGUCGGCUCAAGAGCUGCACCGUGGACUUUGA